AUGUUUAAAAAAUUAAAGGACAAACUAGCUGAAGAGGUAAAAUCGUCGCCUCAAAGAAUACAACAAUUUGCUCAGGCUGCUCAGGCUGCUGUUACAUCUGCAUCUAGCAGUAUAUCUGAUAUUACAAACAGUGAUUUGUUCUCUAUAGGUGAUAAUGACUCACAACAACAAGCAGCUAAGUCACAAAGAACACUCAACAGUCAACAGAAUACAUUCCAAGAUGUUUCUCUUGUACAGCCAAUUCAACCUUCUUCAGAAUCAGCAGACUAUAGUACUGCCUCCCAAGAUAUACUUGAUAAUCAAAGGCAAAGAAGACUGUCUAACAGCUCCUUUGCUAGUGAUGUAUCAUUCAGAUUACCAAGUUAUGAGACUCCUUCUAUGUAUCAUUUACAAUCUGAUAUGGAAGUAUCUGCCAGUGAAGCUGAAGAAAGAGGAUUCUCUAGUGGAACAGUAAGUCUGGAUAGAGUAACGAAGGAACAACUCUAUGCUGCUUAUCGCCGCACACAAGAGCGAUACACCAAAUACAGAACACAAUAUGGUGACCUUGCACGACACUAUAAAUUGCUUGAGAGAGAAAAUGCUAAAGCGAGGAGUGUAUUAGUCGAAACACAAGAUAAGGCUUUAAGGAGAAUAUCAGAAUUACGUGAACAAUGUUCCUUGGAACAAAGUGCAAAGGCUCAUCUGGAAAAAGCUCUUCGUAUAGAAAUCGACGAGAAAAACAUGAAAAUCGAAGCGCUUAAUACAAAAGUACUAUUAUUACAGAGUAGUGCAGAUAUCAGUUGCAAUAACGACAAAAAUGAGAGCAUACAUAAACCGUCUGAAGGUGAUGUACAAUUAAUUAAUCUUUCUAAUGACAAUGAGAUACAGCCAAUUUCGCAAAAGAGAGAAACAAGUAGCGAUUCAGAAGCGGAAAUACUUGCAUUAAAUCAUAAGAUUGAGAAAAUGGAACAGUUAUUAAACAAGUAUAAAGAUUCACUCAAAACGAGUAAAGAGAAAAACUCUCAAAUUCAUGCGGAACAACAAAUGUUGUCAAACGAACUUGAAACUAAAAACAAAGAAAUCCACGAUUUAAAACUCACAGUUGCGCAACUGACGGAAGCUAAACAGAAAAUUCAAGAAUUAACAUAUUUAAACGAAGAAUUGCAAAACAAAUUAACUGAGUAUGAAUUUAACAAAACGCGGGAGCGUUCCACACUUGAAGCUGACUAUCAAGAAGCACAAGAAGAGAUCGCAAAAUUGAGUAGCAAAAUUGAAGUAUUUAGUAAAAGAGAAGAAGAAUACGCCAUUUCUUUAGCAGAAAAUAAAUUAAGUAUACAUAAAGAAUUAGAGAGUAAAGAAGCAGAAAUAAGGUCACUAAAAGAUAAUUUAGAUAUUAGCAAGAAAGAAAUACUUUCUCUAAACAUAGUUGUAAAUGAUUACAAAAAAAACCUAUCAUUAUUGGAAACAGAGCGAUCAAAACUAAUGCAAGACAGUACGGAAUUGAAUUUAACUAAGUCUAAAAUUGCAGACAUGGAAGUGCAGAUUGAAGAACUUUCUAGGAAAUGUCAAGGUUUAGAACAGUUCAAAACAAAAGCAGAUGAAGGAUACAAAUGUCUUCAGUUACAAAUGAAACAAGAAACGGCUGAAAAACUAGCAAUGAUUGAUAGAAAUGUAUACUUAGAAAAUAGAAAUACUCAUCUAAGUGAAGAAAAUGCUAAGAAAAGUACCCAAAUAUGUAACUUAGAAAGUGAAUUACAGAAAAAAGAAAAAGCUAUAAAAACACUCACAACUGAAGAUUCCAAAAAUAAUGAACUUGUUGCAGAACUUAAUGUGUGGAAAGACAAAUAUUCCAAAUUAGAAUCAGAAAUUCAAGAAGAAAGAGAUGAACUAAUUAAAUUACAAUCUGAAAUCGAAAAAUUAUUAGCAAAUCAUGAAUUAUUGCAAUCACAGAAUAUUGAGUAUAGAAAAGUUGUAUCUGAUUUAAAAUCAGAAAACGCAUCUUUGCAAGACAGAUUGGUGAAAACCAAUAAACUUAAAUCAAGUUGUUUAAAACUUGUGAAUGAAAUCAAAUCAAUUAAGAAUUUAACUAAGUUAAUAUCGAAUGAUGCAAAAUCUCUACAAAUAAUAAACAACCAAGCGUUUAUAUCCCUUGUUGAACAAAUAAAUUAUGCGUUGAACAAUGCAUCUCAAAGCGACCAUAAUUUAUAUUCAGACACACAACUAAAAAAUAUUACUUUACAACAAGAAAUAGAAUCCCUCAAGGUAAAAUAUGAUACUCUAUUACAACAAUUCCAAUUAAUAGAAAAUGACAACAAUAAUUUUAAAUUAACAAUUAGUGAAUUUGAAUCAGAAAAGACCACUAUAGCUGAACAAGCGAAAAAUCAGUAUGAAAUGGCCAUGCAGCAAUUGAACUGUGCAAAAGAAGAAAAUGAAAAUUUAUGUCAUAAAGUCAAUGAAAUGGAAAAUAAUUUUCAAAAUUUGCAAAUAGCCAUGGAAUUUGAGAAGAAACAAUAUUUAGAGACUCUUGAAAAAUUAAAGACAUCAGAAAAUAAAAAACAAGACUUAUUAGCAAAACUUGAAAAUAUAGAAAAAGAAAACGAUUUAGUUAGUAAAGAAUUAGAUGCACUUAGAGAAAUACAUAGAGUUUCUGUAGAAGAAGCAAAUAGUGUUAAAUGUGAAAAAUCUGAUUUAUUAAAUGAAAUAAAAAACAAAGAUGAUCAAAUAGCGUCAGUCAAUACCCUCCAAGAAGAGUACAAUGCCCUGACUUUGGAAAAUAUAUCGUUAAAAAGUCAAGCCGAAAGCUUAGCUGACAGUUAUAAAACUUUGGAAACUGAGAUCAGUGAUGUACGCAAGGCACAUGUAGAAGUAGUCUCUGAAAAAGAUCGAUUAAGUAAGGUAAUUGAACAACUGGAGAGUAGUGCAUGUAAAACCACUCGCGACCAAGAUAGUCAGACUGAUAAUGAAGGUGAACAACCAAUAAAGAAUCAGAUUGUGAAUGUUGGCGACCAACGUAUAGUCCUCGACAAUAUAAGUAAUGUCAUGGAUAAGAAUUUAGAAAACCUUCGAGAGUCUCAGCUGGUUCAAAACGAUGAUAAUGAACUAUCUAAUAAAUAUAUUUCGAUAAAAACUGAAUACGAUCUAUUGAAAGACGAAAACAGACGUUUCAAAUCAGACAUUGAAGGUCUCCAAACAUACUUGACGAAAAUAUCUAAAGAAAACAGUAUCUUAAAUGAUAAACUUAGAGAACUGAUAGCUACAAGUGAACAUUCCAUUGACAAUACUGACUUCAGUGAUUUAUCAGAAUUGAAAAAUGAUUUCCAGACAAGCAAAGAUAAAAUAGAUGAUUUAUUGAGAGAAAAUAAUUUACUAAUUGAAGAAAACUUGGAACUUAAAGACCAAUUACAGUUCCAAAAUCAUCCCCAAACCAAUAUCAGAUCAUCUGACAAAGAAGUCGCCUUAAUCAACGAAAAGUACAAUAAUUUAUUACAAGUCAACAGUACAUUAGAACAACGAUUAGCCGAUUUAGAACAAAUGAAUAAAUCUUUUAAUGGCACUAUGACGCAAGUGCAAGAUAAAAACGAAAAAUUAAGGAUAUCCAAUGAAAAACUUGAGAGGAGGCUGGACGAAGCACUUGUAAGUUUAAGGCACUUACAUUCAUUGCAAGAAAAUACUGAACUCGAAUACUUGCGGAACAUUCUUUAUGAGUACCUCACGGGCUCCGGUAUGCAUUCCGUUACAUUAGCUAAGGUGCUAUCUGCCAUUGUAAAAUUUGACGACAUGCAAACAAAACUAGUUCUGCAAAAAGAAAAGGAAAGACAAGGAUUCCUACGGCAACUGGGCAUUAUCUGA